AUGGUUCUUUCGCAACUCACGCAGCCGAUCAUCGUCAUCGGUGGCGGAACUUUUGGCACAAGUACCGCGUAUCACCUGUCGCAAAAAGGUUACACCAAUGUUACUGUGCUCGACCGCUUCCCCGUCCCCUCCUUCGAGGCCGCUGGUAACGAUAUCAACAAGAUUGUCCGCACCGAGUACCCUGAGCCUCUAUACACCAAGCUGGCCAGCGAUUCCAGGGACAUCUGGCGCGAUUCAAACGGCUUAUUUGCGGGCCUCUACAAUCCAAGCGGAUGGAUCAUCGGGGCGACAGACCGGUCGACGCCAUUUGUGGAGGCUUCGAUGAAGAGCGCAAAAGCGCUAGGAGUUGACCCUCCCAAGCUCGUGUCUACUGAGGAAAUCCACGAGAAAUGGCCUGUCAUGAGUGGGGGCUUUGAAGGCUGGAAGUCGUUCUGGUCCCCAAAUGCUGCGUGGGUGAACGCCCGCGAGGGGAUUGUUAGAAUGGCUCAGGAGGCUAUAAAGUCCGGAGUAAAGUAUAUCUCUGGCAACGCCGGAUAUGCGAAGCAGCUGCUCUAUGACGAAAAUCAGACCUGUAUCGGCGUGAAAUGUGCUGAUGGUUCGGCCUAUUUUGCGAGCAAGAUUAUCUUAGCUGCUGGGGCCGCGGCCGGAAGUCUGCUGGAUUUGGAGAACCAGAUCGUGGCCAAGGGGCAUGCUGUGGGUCAUAUCCAGCUUACGCCGGAAGAGGUUGAGGAAUACAAGGAUAUGCCUAUUCUUGAUCAUCUGGAAGGAGGUAUCCUGUUCCCGCCCCAGGAAGACGGAAUCAUGAAAAUUGGCGCAGUCCACUUUGUCACCAACUACGCCAAAUCUUUGAAGGGAAUAUCACUUCCUCGAUACCGCUCCGACAACCCCAAGGACAGGAUCCCCGCCGUAGUUGAGGCUCGUCUGCGCAAGUGGAUGGAAACGUGUGUGCCGAAGCUCGCCCAUCGGGAGUGGGUCGAGACCCGGAUCUGCUGGGAUGGAGACAUGGCCGACUACCACUUCCUGAUCACGCCUCACCCGCGACACAAGAACCUUGACAUCGCUAUUGGCGGCUCUGCGCAUGGCUUCAAGUUCCUGCCCGUUCUCGGAAAAUACAUCGUUGAAAUGAUGGAGGGGACUCUGGACCCAGAAAUCGCGAAGAAAUGGAAGUGGAGGCCGGGGCUUGAUCAUUCGGAUUAUACCACUAAUCCCCACCCGGAGAAGCCUGAAGAUUUGAAUGAUAUGCCGGGGUGGGGCACUGUUAAGAGUUCUCUAUGA